AUGAAGCACAUCUUCCAUCGGCGGACGCGCAGUCCCUCGGCCUCCUCUCCGCCCGACAGCCCGAAACACACUUCGCCGAUAGGUAGAUCAUCUCGCAGAGCCGCAUCCGCUUCUGCCAAUACCUUUCACACCAAAAAUGGAUCUGAAUUGACCGAGAAACAAUCCAUAGUAAAGUCAAGUGCCCUGCAUGCAAAAGUGGUGACAUUUGCGACGUCUGCGCAUCCAGGAGACCAACAGGAUGCUCUUGACUAUAUAUUUAACGCCCUCCUGGGUGUCGAUCAAGCUUCUGAGCCCAUCAAUAGCGGAGCGAAGCCACUGAACGAGCGAGACACCAACACUCUUAUUAGCGUGACUGCCCAGCGACUACGCGGCUGCUUCAGUCGCGCGCUGGAGCUUUUCAACGCUGGAAGGCUAGACGGCAACAUCAAUGCUAAGUUCUUAUUAGCUACAGAAAAGGAGGAGAGACAUCACGUGCUGCAAUUGUUAUACGUGCUGAAGGCUCUGCUGGUACGCGGUGACAACGCCCAAGCUCUGUUGCUGGUGGGUGAGAGGAUACCGUCGACAUUUGUAAAGGUUGUAAAGGCGCUAAGUGAUGGGAAAAAUGAAGAAGACACGCGAGAGCUAUUGAGGGUGACGCUGGACGUGUUAGGACUGCUUGUUACGUCUCCAGAAGCGGUACAAGAGCUCAAUGAGAGCAGUACGUUGCAUCGUAUUUUCCACUUGGUGUUUACAGAUGAAAUACUGCAGAUAGCCGUCCUGAAGGUAGUGGAGGCUCUGGUUCAAGGUCUGCAGCCGAGCAGAUGGAGAUCAAUGGUGAAACAGUUAUGUGACGAGCGAUGCCUACUUGACUUGAUUCAACGUGCGAAUGGAACUGGAGUGCUGGCGAAGGUCAUAUUAGUGACAGCCUUGUCUUUGAGAGGGGCGAUUACUGCAGGACUCUCUGAUCUGCACAGACAAGUGCACACGGAUCGACAGCGGCAGAAGAUUUUAGCUACAUUCGUGCAAUUGUUUGAGUCGCGUCAACGCGCAAUAUGUGCGAAGACAACAACGCCAUCUUCGCUAGAAACUCUUCGCCAGCAUGAUCAAGACCUUGCAGAUGCUGUUGCAGAGCUGUGCUUGUCGGGGAGUGAAACGCCUCUUGCUAGGGGUAAUAUUUACCAGAACAAGGCCUUUAAGCUGGCUCUUGAUUCGACUACGCCUGCUAUGGGGCAGUCAUUAUUUAAUCCUGAAGCGUUUGGAUUGCUCUCAGAUAUUCUGGCGUACUUGCAUCGUGCGACGAAGGUCGAGAAAGAGCAGCACGAUGAUAGUCGAGUUUCUAACGAGCUGGUAAACGAUCGUGAGUGUCUCGAGUGUCGUUUUCUUCAGAAACUCUGUCAAAUAGUCGUCACGUACAAGUUUGACUAUGAAUUUGUGAGCAAAACAAAUCUUAUAGCGCGGGCAAUUGAGCAACUUGAUGAUUACUCGGAGAUGGCGCAGCAAACGAUUAUGUCUGUGCUCUCUGCAAUUGCAAUAGAAGCAAAGAUGAUUCCGUACGUCGAGCUCGAGAGUAUAAACGCAUUCAUUCGGAAGGAAACGUUCCAAAGCUCCUCAAUACAUGCGCUGCUGGCUUUUAUCGCCAAUCUGCUUCGGUUCGACGACGUAUACCACCAAGUGUUACGUUCCGUCGGUCUUGUGAAUUCUAUCGUGGCGCUAUUUCUUGAACAGACGAAUGCUAUUUGCUCUGAUGCUGGGGGCACUCAGAUUCGGGUGGAAUACCCCACUAGCACGGUUAGAGACAGCCGUGUGUCGAACGAUCCGGGCAGUGCCGAUGAAAAGUUAAUUGUCUCAUUGAUGGCAUCUCAUUGUCAUCAAAGGGCACGUCGUCGGAGCUCGUGUCGUGUCGCUACGACCCGGUCAGAUUACCUUGUUCUUAUCGACAUCAUGAAGCUAUUUGCUGACGGUUCCCGGGGUAAUACUGCAGCCAUGGACGAGAAACAUUUUGAGCAUACAUUGUGUGGACUGCCAAUGCUCGAGAGCGUGUGUAUGCUGAUCGGAAAUGGUACUUAUCAGCCGGAAGGUCUUGCUUUGUGGGCAUCUAUCCUUCGACUAUCGCUGGUACUGCAGGAAGACAGUGUAGUGCUUCGCAACGUGGUCAACAGCCUUUUACAGGCGGUUCGUUAUGUAUCGUUAGCCGUCUACUUCCCGCAAGAUGGUGACGUUACGUUGGCAUUUCCGGGUGAUAUGGCUGUACUACAGGGAGCUAUCGGGUACAUGGAGUCUUUACUGCGCCCCAAAUCGGUCUCUUCGCCAGUCACGGCACGGAAUGGAGAGCAUGGUACUUGUUUCGAGGAGACAGCAAUGAGAGAUCGCGUUAUUGGAGCUUUGCUGGAUUGCGAUUAG